UUCCAUCCCUGCGACCUUGAUUAAUCACAAUCUACACUCGAAUCUGUGGAAAGUCUCGAGGUCCAUGGUACUUAUGAUUUGGGAGGAGGACGCCGCGGCGCAAUUUCUGAGCCAAGUGGGGAAACCGGGGAUGGAUCUAAUGGAGACCAGGCUUGAGGCUUUUCACAGGACGACCGAGUCCCUGAAGGCCAGGGAAAAUUGUUGCUUACGUCAAGAUCUGUAA